AUGAAGGCCGCUCAAUUUAUCUUUAUGCUGUUUGCAGCCGUAGGCACAGUCGUCUCCCGUUGUACCGGGUCUGACUAUAGAUUUGUCGGACGGGUCAAUCCGGAAACCAGGGAGCUCACCUGGCCGAGCACUGGUGUUGCCUUUACAUUUACGGGAACCACCGCCUCCAUCAAUAUCAACAGCGUGAGCGGCGCAUCCAGUGUUGCACUAUUCAUUGACGACGAGGAGCCCAUUAUCAUCCCCAAUGUCCAAGGCACGUCCAUUUCAACGCCUACGCUUUCGCAAGGCACCCACACCGUUGAGCUGCGAAAACGAUCAGAGACUUAUUUCGGCACGUUUCGCGUCGUCAAUGUCACGACCGAUGGCACCUUUGUCCCGAGCACUGCUCCACAACGGAAGGUUGAGAUCAUCGGGGAUUCGAUUUCCGUUGGCUAUGGUCUCGACGGGGACUACCCUUGUACCAACUCGGCUAUCCUGGAAAACAAUCCGGAAACGUACGGUGCUUUGGCGGCGAAUGCGGUCAGUGCCGAUUACAGUGUCGUCGCGUGGAGUGGCAAGGGACUGAUUCGAAACUAUGCAUCCACACCGCCGGACACAUCGCCAACGAUGCCUGCUCUCUACACGCGGUAUGGCGCCAAUGAUGCGGAGGACAGCUUCACAUUCCCGCAGUCGUGGGUUCCAGAUGCUGUUGUGAUCAAUCUGGGCACGAAUGACUUCAGUUACCUCGGCGUCCGCGACCCUGUCGAUCCAGCAGAUCUCACGGCGGCCCUCGUUGAAUUAAUGGAGAAGGUCAACUCGCACUAUCCAGAUGCAACGUUGUUCCUGGUGUCUUCACCGCUCCUAAGCGAUGGCUACCCUUCAGGGGACGCGCAGAAAACCACCCAAUUGAGCGUGUACCAAGACGCGGCUGAGCAGCUCACUGAUAUGACAGUCCGCGUCGUGGACUGGCCGGCGCAAGGCUCAGACGUGGGCUGCGACUAUCAUCCCAACGCGGCUACACAGGCAGAGGGAGCUGCGCUGCUUGAAGAGGCUUUGAGGGACGAGAUGGGUUGGUAA